UCCGCUAUUGAGCUGGCCAUGUGAGUUGUAGGUGCUGAUCGGGGAAGGGGUUGCCAUGGCGGAGACAGCGGUACCUCCACCAAACCUGGGGCAAUGUAUGAAGGUGUUGGAGGCAGUGAGUGCUCACCCCGAGCAGCUUCUCAGUGUGCAGGAAGAAUUGGCUUCUAAAUUUUCCCAGUUAACAAAGGUUUUGUAUGAUCUACAUAAGUCUGAACUUGCUCUUGAAGUGGGAAGUCCGCUCAAAGAACUUGUGGUUGAAAACUUUGAUGAAGAGCAAAUCUGGCAACAGAUCGAACUCGAGAACAGCAGUGUCCUUGACUAUUUCAAGAAAGCUGUCACAAGAAGCGUCAAAGACGAGGAGCUCUGUCUUCUGGAGCCAUCUGAAGAAGACACAUCGGAGUCUGAGUUUGAGGAAGAUGAUUCAGAGGUAGAGCCUGAACUAGACACAGACAGUAAGGAUGAUGAAAAGAAAGAGGGAGAUCAAAAACGCAAUGGCCGUAAAGAGAGCAAAGUAAAACCAGCCUCUUCGUUUAGCGAUGAUAAUGAUUCCGACUUGGACUUUGAUAUUGAUAAACUGGAGCAGCAGCGCAAAAAGAAACCAGUAAAAAACCCAAAAAGGAGGCCUGCUGAGAAAUCCAUAGUGGAUGACCAGUUCUUCAAACUGGCAGACAUGGAGGCGUUUUUGGAAGCAGUAGAGAAAGAAGAUGGAAGAGAUGAGAAUGAUGAAGAUGACAUUGAUUAUUUUGAGGACAUUGAGUCCGAUGAUGAUGAAGAAGAAGAAGACUUAUUCAGCGAAGGAAAAACAAAACAGGACACUAAAAGUUCCAGAGACCUUCAUUACAAAGACUACUUUGAUUCAGUAGAGAAUGAAGAAGAGAGUAUGGAUCAGCAACCAAGUGAUGAGGAAGAGGAACAUUCAGAGGAUAAUGAGGAUGAAAAUAUAUCUAUGGGGGAGGAGGAGGAUGCUGGUGAUGAUCAGGAAGAAAUUGAUGAGGAUGAUGAAGAAGACGAGGAAAGAAUGGAGGAAACAGAAGAGAGCAAAGAAGCCAAGCAAGCUUUCAAGCGAGUGACAUUCGAUUUGUCGGAUGAAAGUGAAGGGGAAGAUGUUGGUGAUGUACUUGGUGGCAAAAAGCAACAGGAUAUCUCGGAGCCAAGCGAACCAAAGUCUUCCUUUGAGAAACGGGAAGAGAAGAUGACGGAGAGAAUUCAAGCCCUUCAAAACCAGAUGCUGGAAGAGAAAGUCUGGCAGUUAAGCGGCGAAGUAACUGCUCAGAAAAGGCCUGAGAACAGUUUACUGUCAGAGACGGUGCAAUUCGACCAUGCCUCCAGGAUGGCACCCAUUAUCACAGAAGAGACCACAUUACAGCUGGAAGAUGUCAUUAAACAGAGAAUAAAAGACCAGGUAUGGGAUGAUGUAGUACGAAAGGAAAAACCAAAAGAAAACCCAUUCGAAUUCAAGAAGCGACUCACCUUGGACCAUGAUAAGAGCAAACUGAGCCUUGCAGAGGUUUACGAGCAAGAGUACUUGAAACUCAACCAGAAAAAGGCAGAAGAAGAAGAAAAUCCAAAGCAUGUGGAAAUCCAAAAAAUGAUGGAUAGCCUCUUCCUGAAGCUUGAUGCUCUUUCCAAUUUCCAUUUCACACCCAAACCGGCUGUUCCAGAAAUUAAGGUCGUUUCAAACCUCCCUGCGAUCAGCAUGGAAGAAGUGGCACCAGUGGGUGUCAGCGAAGCAACCCUUCUCGCUCCAGAAGAAGUUAAGGAAAAGAACAAGGCAGGGGACAUAAAAACCACAUCUGAGAAAACUCCCACAGACAAAAAGCGUGAGAGGAGGAAGAAGAAGCUUGCAAAAAAGAUGAAAAUCAAAGAGAAGGAACAGCGGCGGCAGCUGGCUGAGAAGAUGAGGGCGGAAAGUGGGAAGAAACCAUCAAAAGAAGCUGCUGCAGCCAGUGUGAAGAAGCUUGCCAAAGAAGGCAAAGCCACCAUACUCAAGGAUGAAGGGAAGGAUAAAGCUCUGAAGUCCUCUCAAGCGUUCUUCUCAGAGCUGCAGGAUCAAGUGAAAAUACAGAUCAAAGGUGCAAAAGCAGCACAGAAAAAGCCAAAGAAAGAGAACCAACUUUCUGCUCACAAACUGAAGCUAUAGCAAGCUGUCCGCCCUGCUGUCAGAUUUAUUUAGGAUCAGCUACUACGAGUCACAGAUGGAUGUGUAAAAAGCUUUUUAUGCCUAAAUGGUUUUGUUUUGUGUGUUUUUGUAAAAUAAAAUCUAUAGGAUCACCAA